AUGGCGGACAAGAACCAAGAGCGGACCACCGCCGCGGCGGAUGAAAUCAAAGCGUCGGCCGAGCAGGAGCCCGUGCCUCAGGACAAUGCUGAGCCCCGCGCCGAGUCCCAGACGGGCGAGCCAGGCGAAGAGGAGGAUUUUGGCUUUUCUGUGGAUGAUCUGGCCGAGGAUUUGGCCGCAGGUAACGCCAAGCCGAUGCUGGCCGUCGACUUGGGUGCGGUAGCGCUCGAGUCCUCAACCGAUCCAGCUGCCGAGCCGGUGACACGUGUGUUCGAAGCUACUACCCCAUCAGAUUCGUCGGCUGAUGGCAGCGACGAACCUGUUCAAGCAGCAGGUGGAAUUGAGGAAGCACAGUCAGACGAUACACCCAUUUCUGCUGAUGCGCUGCCUCCCGCUCAGAUUGGACAUGAAGCGGCCGAUACCACCGCCGAGGCUUCCGGUGAACUGAGUAGCAAGCCCGCAGAUGCCGUCAGCAACACCAGCAACACCAGCAACACCAGCGACACUUCCAAAACUUCUUCAAAGGCAGCUUCCGAGGCGUGUUUGGGCGGAGAUGAUGCCUCGACGCCAGAGCCAGCAGCCGAGCCAUCGCCGGUUGCCGACGCGGCAGCUAACGAUGAGGAGCCUGUUGAGCGAGCAGUCGAAGACAUAGCCGAGAAGGACGGUGAGCCGACUGAAAAAACAGACGCCUCGCCCUCCGAGAGCAGCGCGCCCUGUGCAGCUGCAAGUUCUCCAGCUUCUGUAGAUGAAGAGGAGUUGCAGGAUGAGGUGACGGCGGAAGAGCCAAGGGCUGCGACACAGACAUUGAGCGCCAGUGCGAGUACCGGCGGAUCAGAGGAUGACAAGCCACGGCGUUUUCGGCUCUUUCGCCGCGCGCGCUCAUCCUCCAACGUUAAGGAUGAGGGCGGUCCGCGCAAGGGUUUGAUUGGCCGCCUCUUUCGCCAAAAGUCUUCGACUGCCUGUGAGCCUAGUAGCAGUAGCAGUGGUGCAGUGAGCGAGCUCAAGGUGGCUGGCCCUGUGCUUUCUUCUGCCGCAACUACCGAGGUAGUCAACGUCGGCUUUCGCGCUAAAGAUCUGACCAUGGGUGACGAAGAUCGGGCAGCCUUGAUGAGUGAGGUUCGCACUGGAGAUCGCACCCAGGAUCAGGUGGUGGACAUUGUCUUGGCUCAUCAGUCAGUGGUGGCCGCUGCCCUGGCCUAUCACACAGAGCAACAAGAAACACCCACGCUCUCGGAUUCGAUGCGACGCCGCAGCGCCAGCCAGAACAGUCAGGGUGAGGCCAGUGAGGCCGAGCCAGAGACAGUGCCCGAUGACGAUGCUGCCAACAAUGAGGACGGCGCUGCAGCCGCCGAUGCUGAGGAGACGAACGCACGUCGGCAGCGACUGCAGACGGUGGGCCCAACUGCUCGAGAGAUUCUGGCACGCCAGCGUUUGGACACCAGUGACCGGGCAUUGGUCUUGUCUAUUGCCAAGGAGAAGACCUUGCCCAAGCUGCGUCUGCAGCAAGUCGGCGAGACAGAUACAGACGGUGGACCGAGCGAUGCGAAUCCUGAUGCUGCGCCUGCUCCGGCACCCAAGCCAUCGGGCAAGGACAGGGUUCCGCCUCCCGUGGGCUAA